AUGUCCCCGAAACAAGCACUUGUAUCCGCCAACACGAAAGUCCCUCGACUUGUUGUCCAAGGGGUGGCGGCGACGUUGGAGUACUUGUCAUGCCCUCUUUGGAUUCGUUGGUUCGUUGAUGCCAUCGCGCGUGGGAUGCGACAAAUGCGGCAGUGGAAAGCCGUGCUUCGUCCAUUAUCUGCUGGGGAGGCGGCACUGUUUCGCCAAUACGUUGGCAACGCACCAUCCUCCAAGCUGUCGCGAGACUAUUUGUUCCAACGCUAUGAACACGUAACCAACCACGAGUCAAUCCAUGUCAACCCCAUCGCGCUCAUCGAAACCCUUCGUUGGCACAACAAAACCCAUGACGAUCAAGCUGCACGAGUGUUCUUGCACGAUUGUGAGCAUAAGGGGCACGUGGACACGGUGAAAUAUCUCUGGGAAUGGCUUGACUCAACCAUCACAAACAUGUUCUUCAGAGAUCGCAUGAUGCGGAACGGGCUAAGCUUGGCCAAGCGGAAGCAAAACCUACCAGAGGUGAGCUAUCUGCUGACAAUCGUUCCAAACAUGUCCGCUAUGCACGUCGAGAGACUGCCGGUGGUUGCCAUGAAGACAGGAGACGAGGACUACGCUCUUGCGGUGUGGACGCCGCCACCAUUUGCAACGUUCCAUGCAUCGUUAAAUGAGAUGACGUACGGGCAGCGCAGUUACUUCAACAAGAACUCCGUGAAGGGUGCCCUUAUCGACUCGUGCAAUUACGAUAUGCGUCGGGUAGCAGUUUUUCUGGACGAGUGGUGGCCUCACUCGGUGCAAAAGGCGGGGUUUAUCCACUUUCACGCCCAUCCACAGCCAAAACAUGCGAUGUGGUGGGAAUUGAGCCAGCGCUACAAAUGGGAUGUGGCGUGGCCGAACGUCAAAGUGGCGUAUCUCGUACAGAGUCGUCUCUUGCCUGGAUUAGACCACCUUGGCUCCCACAUUGCCACGUAUUUGUAUGUGAUGGACAUGCAACUCGAAUACGACAGCGCAGUCGAGUCGAGGUAG